AUGACGGUACUGAAGCUUUUUGGAAUCAUCUAUUUCUGUGGCCUCCUCCCACCCUCGCAGGAAGUCUUGUCUGGGCUGUCCUGUGCCGUCAGUCCGCGGGCGAUGCAGAAUGUUCUCUCAGAUGCCAUAAUUCAUAAUGGGCUUCUCCAGCAGCACCUGCAGGGCCUUGUGCUCCCCAACAUCAUGGGUCAAGGGAGUCUGCUGAACUCUCCCACCAGCAUCACAGGCCUGCACCUUGUCAAGGUCCGGCUGCCCAGGCUGUCGGUGGUGCUGCUGCCAGGGAUCGGGAUCCAGCUGACCAUCGGGGCAAAGCUGCAGCUCAGUGGCAACUGCUUGGUUGGGCUGCUUUCGGAACUGAUUGAUAUCUUAGUGGAUGUGAACAUUACUGCAAACAUUAAAUGCACAAAUUUUGAGUCGGGCACGGUCCAGGUUGUCAUUGAAGACUGUCUCUGCAUCCUCGGGGCCAUAAAGAUCAAGGUCCUUUCUGGCUUACUCACCCUGUCAGUAAAUGAGAUAGUGCUUCGCCAGCUGACAGCGACUCUGCCUGCUUUGUUGUGUCCUGUACUUGACAUUGUGAUGAACCUUGUGAACAUCCAGCUCCUGGGCACUCUCAAUGCCGUGAUCCCAGUUGGCACAGCAGGAACGAUCCACUACCAGCUGGCCAGUGUCCCCUUUACCUCUGGCAAGUUCCUUGGGCUGGAUUUAGAUGGUGCAGUGAAGCAGGUGGGAGGCAGCAUCAUUCCCCACGACUCAUCCCCCUCUGCUUUGCCCCCACUGCUGGACAGGAUCCUGCUCUUGGCGCUGCGCCAGAGCUUCCUCAACGCAGUCCUGACCCUCCUGCUCCAGAUGCCACCACAGACCUUCCCCUGUGCGCCAGACGUGUUCUCUGGUGCCAGCCGUCUGCAGGAAGCCAUGUGGACCAUCACUCCUGCUGGGUGCUCUGUCUGCCGUGGGACCAGUCCUCUGAGCAUCAAGCUGAUGUUGGGUGGAAACCCACUCAUCCUCUUGGAAGAAAACAAAGCCACCGUUGAGCUUGGAGUCCUGAUUCAGGUGUUCAUUAACCGUAUAGAUGGAUCUGUCCUCAACCUUCUGCUGCUGAAAGCUGACCUUGCUCUGAAUGUCCGUGUGUCGAUUGUUGGAGGCAGACUGGUGCUGAGGCUGUCCCUGGGCAGCACUUCCCUCUCCUUGGAGUCUUCUGAUGUUGGCAUCAGUAAUAUCUCGGUCCUGAAGCCUCACUGCAGCAGUCUGCUGGUGGAAACUUUACUGCCCAUGAUCAAUGGUGCCCUGAGCAUCGGAAUCCCACUGCCAAAUGUGCUGGGCAUUCCCUUGAUAAAGGUGGACGUUCAGAUAUUAACGGGCCUGAUUGUGCUUCUGGUGUGA